UACACAUAUACAGUCAAGUGUGUCAAUAUGGACAGGCCACAAAAUAAAUGUAUAUCAGUGGAUUGAUGCAUCUCAACUGAUGACCUCAUUUGUAGUGGAGCACAUGAGUCAGGUAUGGUACGUGCUACACCAUUAAAUAUGAAAUAUCGUACGCAUUUGACAGCGAUUGUUUUAUUCGGUUUCUAUACAGCACUGAUUAUUCAAAUAUACUGGAGUGUGAUUAGGGGACACCCACAUGUGAUUUCAACAAAACAUCGAUCAUGGAAUAGGUCAGAAUCAAUAACAGACGCCAUCAGCGUUGAUCAGAUAUACGGAGCUGACGCAGCGACCGAGAAAAAUACAAGCGACGUCAUCAGUGAUCGCUCUAUGACUGAAGGUAUUUCCUCGCCAGAACCAGUCCAUCAGUACCAGAAUACGAAUCUGUUAGCCGAAGACUGUCCACCCAUACAGGGAACAAAGUACAUAUUUCCUUACAUUCAAUGUGGCGGGCCAAACUGGUUUUACGAAAAUUUCCUCGUUACUGCACGAUUUGCGGUACAUCAUAAAAGAACACUGGUGCUGCCAACUUUUAUGACGCAUAAACUGGACACAGAGAGCUUCGAAGAAAAGUCCUUCAAUGAAACAUUUGAUUACCAAAUACUGCGAAAGAUGUUGCCCCUAGCAACGCAAGAAGAUUUUGUGAAAGACUGUGGUUCAGUCGUCAAUGAAACUGAGUUACUAAUAGAUCCCUUUCUAAAAGGAUUUUUUUAUUCGUACUAUAGAGGGAAUUAUAACAAGCGGCGAUCGAGGGACAUCCAGAAUGCGAGGAUGCCGAUCAUAUUACCACCAUUUACCGUAGUACCGAAAACAGCCGAACUAGCGCUGACGCACAACCGCCAGGCGAUCUGUGCAAGGUGUCUUGUCAUGUUCCAUCCAUGGGAUUUGAAAAGUCUCAAUGCCCCGGAUGACAGCGACAGAAACAUUGAUUCUCACCUCCUGAGGGCGCCAUAUAUACGGGAUAUGGCUGAAGAAAUUGUAGAUAAUCUGUGUGACGGUCAACAAUACGUCUUGUUGCACUGGAGAAACCGAAGCAGCGAAAUUUGUCUCAAUGACUCCGCAUAUUCUAAACAAUCACUAUGUACACCAGAGAAACAGGCAUAUUAUCAGUUGUUUACAAACAAAAGAAUUAUGUCUACAGUUGCCAUGGCGAUUAGUGACUUUAUUUCUUCACACAAUAUUAAGUGUUUAUACGUUGCACAUCCAAGAUUUGAACAGGAAAUCAUCAAGUCACUGAAAGACAUAGUACCGCAUCUCUACACUGUGAAUGAUGUGAUGGCGCUGUCUAGUGACCUUCACAAAUACAAGGAUGACAAUUACGUCAUAUCACUGGUAGAACAGGAAAUAGCCGAAAAAGCCGAAAUUUUCAUCCGAUGGAGCAAAUCCUUCUGGUCUGACAUGGUCCAAAAUAAACGUGAUUUGAAUAACAAAACGACCGUUGUUUACAACGAAUUACCAGUGAUCGGUACCAUGCAUUGUCCAGUUCCAUUAAUGCCACAGACGAUCUUCACAUCGCUCGGCGGACAAAACUUCACUAUGGGACCAAUGCCAGCAAUGCCAGUCUUCGCACCGCGUCUUAUACCGGCUUGUCGUUCCAGAAAACCUACUUUUUUCAUUGAUGACAUUUUAAAAUCAGACUCCAAACGAUCAGAAGAUGGCCUUCCUGCAUUCGGUAAUGUUUGCGAUGUAGAGUCGAGAUACGGCGUAUCCGAUUUAUUCAGACACGUGUCGGGGCACUAUGGUGAUCCGCAUCGAGGUUUCCUCACACUAUCGUCCACAUCUUCACCAUCAGCCCUAUCCAUCCCAGUACCGGUUUAUCUAAGGGGCAAGGGGUCCACGUCACCAGAAUUGAAUUCCAAACACAAGAAAUGCCGACGUAGCAGAACAGUAUUCACAGAAAUGCAAUUAGUCGGUUUAGAAAAAAGAUUUGACAAACAGAAAUACCUCUCAACGCCAGACAGAAUGGAUUUAGCCGAGUCGCUAGGGUUGACUCAGUUGCAGGUGAAGACAUGGUUUCAAAAUAGAAGAAUGAAAUGGAAAAAACAGGUUCUUCAAGGGGGAAGCGACGAAGCACCUACGAAGCCCAAGGGACGACCGAAGAAAAUAAAAACAGCACCGGUAUAG